CUCAGGCUUUAAAGACUUAAAUCCCGCCCUCCACCCCCCCAACACACACACACACCUCCAUUAAGUCUACUCUUCGAAAAGAGGUUUAUUGGAUGGGGAGAAUUAGUGUUUAUUCAUUGAACAAAUUUCAUAUACCAGCCGCCUCAGUGUUGGAGGGGUGUGUGUGUGCACGCGGGCACGUGUUGAUGAUGGUUUGACGGACAAUCUUCCCGUGUAGCCCAGGCUGACAUUAAACUACCUCAGCUUCCUCAUAGCAUUCAGGGGAAGAGCAUGGGUGAUGCCAGGCCCAAGAUGGAGGUGUGUCCUUACUGUAAGAAGCCAUUUAAGCGAUUAAAAUCCCACCUGCCACACUGUAAGAUGAUAGGACCGCCCAUAUCUGCUGACCAAAAAGUUUCUCACUCCAAGCUAGCUAUAGUUUCGUGUGACAAAACGGAAAAGAACCUUACCAAAGGCGUAGCCAAAGGUACAAGGAAAGAGCUAAAGACAGAGAGUUUGACAAAAAAUGUGAAAGCAGAAAACAACAAAUCAGAAUGGGCAGCUGCGACCUCUCCACUACCAGUGGGCAUCUUGGGAAGACUGGGUACAGCAAAAGCAGGAGGAGAAGCCACAGAUCAAAAUCAACUCUCCCUCCAAGCCCUCAGACAUGCCAAGGUAAAGGUGACUCUUAAGAGAGUCACAGCCCCUCAGCCUCCUGUGUCAGAUGCCACUUCUCCCAAAAGAGAACUUACCAGAGAUGAGGCUGAGUCCAAGGGAAGUCUUUGCCGUUCCUCAGAGACGGAAGCAGCUUCCCUAGUCAGCACAGCUUCACUAGUCAGCUCAGCAGAACCUUUUUUAUCGAUUCAAGACAGGAAAUAUUCCUUGGCUCAGCCUCGGACUCAGCCAGCCACUUCUGCCAAUCUCAAAUUGGACCGAGUUGAUUCCCAAAGACAGAAGUGUCUGGAAGAAUUACUAGAUGAACCUACUAAUGAUGGUCAUUUUCCAAAGAGUAGCAGCUGUGGGGUUCAGCAAGAAACCUCAGUGUUGAGAAGGGAGAGCGGUUCCCUGGAUGGAGGUCAUCUCUCAGGAGUCCCUCCCUACCCUGGCAACACUAACACCCAGAAGUCAGAAUCACUCUUGGGCCUUCACACUGGCCCACUGGGUAACAUUCAGGCCAGAGAGCACCAGAAACUUGGCCUUGGGAUAGAGUCGUGCCAGAGCAAGGGAAAUCCUGAGGACAGGAUGUCUGCCACACAAGUACAGGAACAGCCUUGCUUGGGCCGCAGUGGUAUGGACCCCAUUUCAACCACAAAGGCAAAACCGCAAGCCGAUCUUGCAUUUCCGAAUGUAUUUACUCCACCAGAGGGAGCUUUGAGUAAGCUGCUCUCUGUCCCAGGAUCAGCGCCUCAGACUCCACCUUCUCUGGCUGUGAAGUCUACUCCAGAAGAGAAAGCCCAGUUCUGUGACCAGAGUCAAGGCCCUACCGGAACGCUAUUAUUUGGAAGUGAAAGGAAUGUUCUCAAACCCACACCUUUCCGCCAUGCCCACACAGCUCAGACGGGGCACCACAUAGCGUCAUACUCAGCUUGGUACCCUGUUUCUAAGAACUCCCUCUUCAGUUGUGCUGCUGCUGACUCAGAGGCUCCUCCCAGGCCCAUGGGACUGGAGUGGUUUCCAGAACUCUAUCCUGGUUAUAUUGAACUCGGGGUGUUGCCAAGGGGCCCUCAGCCAUGGAGCCCAAUGCCUCAGAUUCUUCCUCUCACCAUUUCCCAGGGCAGAAGUACCUGGAAAGUUCCUUGGUUGGGACGAAGCUCGGCUGGUAGCAAGAGUUUGGAACCCCUGGCGCUUACAACUUCCAGCUUCCCUCUAAUGAGCCUCUUGGGAGCUGUGCACAAAGGCUUGGUGAAGUGCAACACCACCAUAAAGAAGAGCGGGGUCGGCGGCCUCACCAUGCUCUUCGCUGGCUACUUUACCCUGUGCUAUAACUGGAGCUUCAAGCAUCUGAAGCUGCAGCGCUGGCGUAAAUGAUGGUGAGCACGAGGAUCUGGGAGCCAUGAGGAUGUAACAGAGACAACUGCAGAACCGAGGAAACACUUUAAAUGUGCACCGGGUCAGGGAGAGUGCAAGUAAUAAAAUGCUGAAAUCACA